AUGAUCAGUGUAGAAUUCGAGGAGGCGAAGACGUCAUCCAACAGUGUGAGCGUGGAGUCUGCGGGGUACGCUAGUUGCGUGGGGCUCACCAGCUGCAUUGGCCCCAGUCCUGCAGUGCAGACAACCUCUGAAUUGUUGCCACCAGCAAGGGUAAAACACAUGCCCACCGAUAGAAAAGCCUCGUCCUCUGCCGACAAAUUUACUGACAUCGCCCCUGCCUCAAUCGGACCACACGCCCUGCGCAUAACAAGCCCAGUGGAAGCUGGAGGAGUAGCUGGAGGAGUAGGCAGCGGCGCAGGCGCUACUGUUACUUCUUCCAAUUGGGUGAGCGACGAGCCAACGGGGUACGCCCAUAGCGUGGGGCUCACCAGCAGGAUCGACCCGAAGCCUGCAAUACAACCGUCUCCGAGUUGCCACCACCCUCAAGGAUGA